AGAUCUCAAGCAGCCAAGCGAACGGCUUUCCAUCUAGAAAAACACCCAGACGCACCUAUAGAGAUGAAGAUGAAAGCUGGAAGGUUGAUACAGAAGGUUUACAGGGAGUACAUGAAAAUAAAGCGAGAAAGAGUUAAAGAUACAAAGAGAGAUAUCUUACUAGGACUCAUACCGGACCCGUUUAGAAGUGGGCCCAGUUUCUUUGAAGAAAAUAAUAAGGUGUACGAAAGACGUAGACAGACAAGACUUAAGAUUACCAAGGCAUAUCUUAAAGAGCUGGAGAGGGAGAACAUCAGGCUGUUGACCUUCAGGAAGGGAGACCAGAUUGAUGACAUCACUGAUGAGAUCAGGACCUGGUUUAAAGAAUGGUUCUACGGCUACAACUACUUUCCUGAAUUCCCGUACGAGAUUGAAGGUGGAACGAUCCUGGUUGUCAGAGGGGACUUCCCAACUGUGCAGGAAAAGUUGGAAGACGAUGAGAAAAAGCUUGCCGAGUCUAAAGGAAGGACGCCAGACCAGAUAAAAGAAGAGAAAGCCCGAGCGAAAGAAGACGCCAAACUAAAAGCCCAGUUAGCGAAAGAAGCGAAGAAGAAGGAAGAAGAGACCUUGGUGAAGGCCAGAUGUAAUCCAUUCACUGAUCCAGGGUAUAGGCUGCAGGAGUCUCAUGUCAUGCACAGUUUGAUGGAGGCUUUAAGAAACUAUCGAUCAUCAUGGUCACUAUUUGACGAGUUACCAGCGGAGAACUAUGGGGAUGUGAUCUACGGUUAUAUGAAGCCCCUCCUCACUGAGGAGUUAAUGAAGGAAAUCCAUCUGGACUGCAGGAAAUAUGUCGAUGAAUUGAUGAGGUUAGACCUCAAAAUGCUUAUUAAAAUGCACCAGCAGGACUUCAAGAAGAUAGGCUGGAAGUAUCCCAAGAUCAAACCUAGGAAGAAACCCAAGAAACCCCCAGUUCAUAAACCCUUAAUUUUUGAUGAAAAGCUGCUCAAAAAUUCAGAGGGUCUUUUCGACAUAGGCAUAGUGACAAAGCCGACUACAAAACUUCAUGAUAUAAUUGGUGAUACAAGCUAUGCAGCUUACGAGUUUAACAUAAGGGAUCCUGACGCCACGUAA